UGGGGUCUAGCUUCAUAUCAGUAUCUUGUUAGUUCGACGCAUCGGUUGAAGCGUGAGUUGGCAUCCGUUGUGAAAGAUUUGCACACUAACUCAAUGGUCGCCUAUGGAUUUGUUUACGCGCUACAGUGUUGGGCAUAUGAAGUUAUGCCGGCUCUUGGAACAUAUUGUGCCUCGUUGAAUGCAGCACGUCUCACGAGUUUUCCUCGAAUAAUGAAAUGGAUUGUUACUCGAAGCUUGAUUUUGGAAGAUGAUGGGCUAAGGAAAUUUUUUUUGGCUGAGCAUGGAUGUGAACCUGUACGCAUGUCUUUAUCCUCUAGUGAAAUUAAGAAUUUGGUGCAGCUCGGCAUCACCCCUUCGAUGGCGGUCGCAUCCCCUUCUCCAUUCGUCGAGAAGACUAAGAACGUUGGGCGGAAACUAGUUUUUGACAGUGGCGAGAGAACUAAAUCAAGUUCGAAGAAGCAAAAUUCAAAGAGGAAGAGUUUACGCUUGGGUAGUUCACCAUGUAGGAAUACUUCUGCCAAAUCAGUUGAUCUUGAGGAUUGUGAGAUAAUUGAACCUCAUGAGUUGAAACGGUUAGUUCCAAAAUUGAAGAAAAGUCGCGGAGGUCAAAUUCAUGUAAGUGAAAAUACACCUCGGAGCGAUAGGCAUUCGAACACUCAUUUGGUUACUCCGGAAGGUUCGAGUUUGAUCGUGGAUGCGAAAUUGAAUGAUAUUACUAAUAUGUUCUUAAGCCUGAAGGGACAAAUAAAGUGUUUGGAGGAAUACAUAGAGUUGAAGUUAAAAAACUUUGAAGUUAUGAUUAAAAAGUGUGGGGGAGGAAUUUGCUGCUCAUGUGAGCAAAAAGUUUUUAAAAAUGUCAUGGAUGACGUCGAUAGAAAGAAGAUUUCAGAUCGUAACGACGUGGCAGCCGAUCUAUUUUGCAUGAAGCCGAAUCCAAGUGCCGUGUUUGCUGAAAAAGCCUUUGGAUUGUGCAUGUACGAUCCCAACGAGUACAAUAUGUCAUCUGCUCAGUUGGUGCCCUUUGCUGAAUGGGUCCUCCACACAACGAAUAAUCCUAGGGAAAAUUUAGUGUUGUUGCCUACAGAGAUUUUGCAAUACGCCGACUUAGGUUGGUUCAAUACUUUGUUGAGUCCCGAUGGUUGGCUUGACAACAUGCAUAUAGAUGCACUCAUUAACUUGCUUAUCAUAAAUUUUGAUAAGCAUUCUGGAAUAACAAACCACCGCAGAUGGGCAUGUUUGGAGAUUUGUUGUUGGCAAACACUGGGAAGUCCAAAUGUGGAAGAUUUUUUGCCGAUUAUGAUGCCCUAUGUCCAGGGUGAACGUCCGGUUAGUGGGGGUUUGAGAUGGUGUGAAGUUGAUCACAUCUUCGGCAUUGCCAACGUCCACAAUUCUCAUUGGAUCUUCUUUGAUGUGUCGUUGGAUGAACAACUCAUCACUGUAUACAAUUCUUUGGAACAAGAUUGGGAGGAUAUUUUGGCUCAUUUUGCAAACAUACGAAAGAACAUUCCUAUACUAUGCAGGCUUGGUGGAUUAUGGGAUUCGUCAACUUGUGAACGUAAACCGUUGAAGAUGUCUUGGAAUGUGGUGAAUUACUCCGGAGCACCAAAGCAGGUAAAUCUAAGUGAUUGUGGUAUUAUGGCCGUGAAAUUCAUGGAGUGUCGUGCCUAUAACGUAUCGGUGUUGGAAAUUAAUCCGAUUCGUUGUGAAGAUUCCCGCAAGGGAUAUUGCGCUAAGUUAUUUGAGCUGUCAAAGGAAUUGACUGCUACGUUGUUGGAUUCGUAGUUUGGUAUCUCUAAAUGAGCUAAUUUUAUAUGACCUACAUGCUCGACUUUUGUACUAGGACCGAGAUAUAUAUAUUUGAUUAUGUGAUGUGUUAAUUGCUACGAAACUUUAUCAUUGGGCAUAAUAUUUAUUUAUGUCAUGCAUUCUUACGUGAA